AUGUCGGCUGCUAUUUUAAGUAAAGAUAUACCCGAUAUCGAGAACAUUCUUCGUUUGAAUCCCAGGAUAAAAAAUCACGCCGUCGUUUUACCAUCGAGCGAAACUAAAAAAAAUAAAUUAAAAUGGAAAAGAAACGAAAAUAAAAAAUGUGAGUCUUGUAAACCGUUAAUAAAUAAUUUUGGAGAUAUUAAAAAAACGACACUUUCGGAAAGGGGAGCACUGAGAGAAGCUGCAAGAUGUUUAAAAUGUGCCGAUGCUCCAUGUCAAAAAUCAUGUCCAACACAAUUAGAUAUAAAAACAUUCAUAACGAGCAUAUCGAACAAGAAUUAUUACGGUGCAGCAAAAGCGAUUUUAUCCGAUAAUCCUUUGGGAUUGACUUGCGGUAUGGUUUGUCCAACGAGUGAUUUAUGCGUCGGCGGUUGCAAUUUACAAGCAUCUGAAGAAGGACCGAUAAAUAUCGGAGGACUUCAACAAUUUGCUGUGGAAGUUUUUAAAAAAAUGAAAUUAGCUCAAGUUAUUCCACCUGAAAAUCGAAAUAUUGCAUACGGACAUAAAAUAGGACUUUUAGGUUGCGGACCAGCUUCCAUUUCUUGUGCGACUUUUUUGGCACGAUUGGGAUAUAAAAAUAUAACGAUUUACGAAAAGGAAAAUUAUUUCGGUGGAUUAAGCGUUUCUGAAAUUCCACAAUAUCGACUUCCGGUUGAAGCGGUAAAUUUUGAAAUCGAAUUGGUAAAAGAUUUGGGUGUAAAUAUAGUAAACGGAAGAAGAUUAACAAUCGACGAUUUGACAAUUAAGAAAUUAAAAAAUGAUGGUUACGAUGCUAUUUUUAUCGGUAUAGGAUUACCGGAGCCUAAAAUAAUACCCGAAUUUGAAAACCUGACACCUGAAAUGGGAUUUUACACGUCUAAAACUUUUCUUCCGUUGGUUUCAAAGGGUAGCAAAUCAGGUAUGUGUCACUGCAAAAUCGAUUUGCCUAUUUUAAACGGGACCGUUAUCGUUUUGGGUGCCGGAGAUACGGCUUUUGAUUGCGCAACAUCCGCUUUAAGAUGUGGAGCGAGAAAAGUUUUCGUAGUUUUUCGCAAAGGGUUUCGAAACAUCAAAGCAGUACCCGAAGAAUUUCAACUUGCACACGAAGAAAAAUGCGAAUUCAUACCCUUUUUAUCCCCUAAAAAAGUAUUGAUCAAAGGAAAUAGAAUAAUCGGAUUAGAAUUUUCUAGAACCGAACAACUUGAUAAUGAUGAAUGGAUUGAAGAUCACGAACAAACAGUCAAGCUCAAAACUAAUUAUAUCAUAUCAGCUUUCGGAAGCGGAUUGGGAGACGUAAAAGUCAAACAAGCUAUGGAACCAUUAAAAUUUAACAAAUGGAAUUUACCUGAAGUUAAUGAGAAGACAAUGGAAACCAGUGAAGGAGGAGUUUUUGCUGGAGGAGAUAUCGCUGGAAUUAGCGAAACGACAGUUGAAUCCGUGAACGAUGGCAAAACAGCUGCGUGGUUUAUACAUAAAUAUCUUCAAAAUAAAGACGGAAUAGAAAUACCUGAAAAUCCUAAACUGCCUAAAUUUUACACAGAAAUAGAUGAUGUAGAUCUUUCCAUUGAUGUUUGCAAUAUUAAAUUUGAAAAUCCUUUCGGUUUGGCUUCUGCACCACCUACAACAUCAUCUUCAAUGAUAAGAAGAGCUUUCGAAGCAGGUUGGGGUUUCGUCGUGACAAAAACAUUUUGCUUAGAUAAGGAUUUGGGUAUCAACGUUUCACCGAGAAUAGUGAAAGGCACAACUUCAAAAAACCAUUACGGACCCGAACAAGGAUCGUUUUUAAACAUAGAAAUAAUAUCGGAAAAAUCAGAAAAAUAUUGGUGUAAAAGUAUAAGAGAAUUAAAAAGAGAUUUUCCGACGAAGAUUUUAAUAGCGUCCAUUAUGUGUUCUUACGAUCGAGACGAUUGGACGGAAUUAUCGAAAAAAGCAGAAGAAAGCGGCGCAGACGCAUUGGAACUUAAUCUAUCUUGUCCACACGGAAUGGGAGAAAGAGGAAUGGGUUUGGCUUGCGGGCAAGAUCCGGAAUUAGUACAAAAUAUAUCUGAAUGGGUGCGAUCAGCUAUUAAAAUCCCUUUUUUUGUAAAACUCACUCCAAAUGUAACCGACAUUGUCGAAAUAGCAAGGGCAGCAUACGAAGGAAAAGCGAAUGGUGUAUCUGCAAUAAAUACGGUAUCGGGUUUGAUGGGUGUCAAAGUAAACGCUACACCUUGGCCAAGUGUCGGCGUUGCUCUACGAACGACCUACGGUGGCACAUCCGGUAAUGCAAUUAGGCCUAUGGGUUUAAAAGCUGUCAGUGCCAUUUCUAAAGCUCUACCAGGAUUUCCCAUUCUCGGUAUGGGUGGCAUCGAUUCCGCCGAAGCUGGUCUUCAAUUUUUACAAUGCGGUGCUACUCUUUUACAAGUAUGCAGUGCUGUACAAAAUCAAGAUUUUACUGUGAUAGAUGACUACGUAACCGGUUUAAAAGCUUUAUUGUACCUACGAAGCAUUGAUGAACUUUCACAUUGGGACGGUCAAAGCCCUCCUACAAUACCACACCAAAAAGGGAAACCGGUCAUGACUCUCACAGAUGAAAACGGAAAGACGCUCACCCAUUUUGGAAUUUACAAAGAAAAACGUGAAAAAAUCGAAGCCGAAUUAAAUGCGACAAAGUCAUCAUUUGAUGUUGAAACGGAAAAGUGCCGACCUAAUUACGUACCUAAAAAAAAAAUUCCUACCUUAAAAGAUAUCAUAGGAAAAUCAUUACCCUUUAUCGGAUCGUAUAAAUCUUUAAAUAAUAAAGAACAAGUCGUGGCUUUGAUUAACGAUGAUUUAUGCUUGAAUUGUGGGAAAUGUUAUAUGGCAUGCAAUGAUUCUGGAUAUCAAGCCAUUGAAUUUGAUCCAAACACACAUUUACCGUUGGUCAAAGAUAACUGUACAGGUUGCGCUCUUUGUUUAUCAGUGUGUCCGAUAAUAGACUGCAUAAACAUGGUUCCGAGAAAAAUUCCGAUGGUCAUCAACAGAGGAGUUCCGCUUCUAUAAAAUAAAUAAAAACGAUCGUAACGGAAAAUAUUAUUUACAUAUUAUUAUUAUUAUUAUUAUUAUUUUAUAAUGAAUUAUAAUUACUUACUUACGUUUUGUAUUUUAUU